AACAUCAUUCACAUGGUGAGAUGAAAGACAAAAUUAAAUGAAAUUUCAUAAUAAUCGUAAUAAAACAACAAAUAAGUAGAUAUAAACAAUUAAAAUAAAAACGCGGUUUUAAACCAACGGUGGUGGUGAGAGUAAGAACAAAAUUAAUAAUUUAUUAGACUUUGCAUGAGUCAAAUUAACAACAAUUUUGUCAUACAAUACAUACUACAUAUGAUAAAUGGACGGACGGUAUUUUUAGAAUUGAAACAAAAUCGUCUAAAAUAAAACAAUAAAUAAAUAAAUAAACAUGAUUCGUGAUCGUUUGCCAGAACUUAAAGAGGUGGAAUGUACAUUCCACGCUUCUACCGAAUCCCUGGUUCUGAUCGAUAUGAAGGAAGUUGAUGAAUUUAUAGAUCGCUCGCCCAGCCCGCUUAUGGAUGCUUUACUCAAAAUGUACAAUGAAAUACUCCUUGAAUUCGAUCAAAUAUUAAAUAAUAUUGAAGCUAUGAAAGUUAUGACCCAGGCCAAGAACUCUAAACAAUUUAAGGAUACAGAAUUUUAUAAAUUACGUCAAAAUACCAUACAAAUUGGCAAUAAUAUUAUGAGUAAAUUUCAAUCGAUAGAAACCACUCUGCCACCGGAAAAUGACUACAGCACACUGGCUCGCAUGAAACGUUCACUGUAUUAUGGUUUCUUUCAGCGCUACGUUAUAAUCUGGAGUAAGAAUGAUGAAUUCUUCAAUGAGUAUGAACAAAAAUUGAAGAAAAAUCUACAAAUGCAAUCACAAAUAUUAAAUUAUGAUCUAACAGAAGAGGAAAUUGACACUCUAGUAGCUUACAAACAAACCACUUUAUACACCGGUAAUAUCCUAGAAACCGAACAGGCUCGCAAAACUUUACAAGAUCUAAAAGAUCGUUUGGCAGACUUAAAAAGGUUGGAAAAAUCCAUUGAAGAAGUUCAUUCGUUAUUUAUACGCCUGCAAACCUUAAUAGUUGAUCAGAGCGUUAUAAUGCAAAGCAUAGAAAAACAUUUUAAUGAUGCUCGCAACUAUGUGGAAAUAGGAGCUAAAGAGAUUAAAGAAGCCGAUAUUUACAAGAAAAAGAACCAAAAAAGCAAGCUAAUUUUUAUUAUAAUGGCCAUAAUUGCAGUAUCGUUAUUUAUGCUUAUAGCCCUAUUAACACUAUGAGUUAUGAAUCCAAAAGAUCAUAGAAUAGAGAGAUCAUAAGUCUAUUUCUUUUUUUUUUGUAUAAAUAUGGUGCUAAAUUUCUUUCAGUACAUUCAAAACAUUUCGUAUGAGUAUAAAAGUAAUUAUGCUGCAAUGUUGUUUAGUUUAAGCUAAAUUUAAAAUUAAUUUAUUUUUAUUAUACUGAAAGUAUAUUUAUUAGUGUAAUUAUUUAAUGAAUUUAUUAUAGUAUUGUAGUUAGUUUAGUAUGUAGUUAUAAGUUACAUAUUUAAGUAUACAGUUAGACAAAGAAUAGUUCCUACGACACAUAAUAUCUUUGUUGCUAAUGCUGUGAAGUAUAUAAAAUUAAGAACAUACAUUUAUCUAUUUAUUAUUUUCUAUACUCAUUGCAAAAUAAAACAGAGAAUUGUUUAAAUUCAAA